UUUUCAAAUCUGAUCAUGAAAUCCGAUCAGUUUUUCUUUUUUUGCUGCUGGCAUGGAGUGAGGUACAAUCGGUCGUUAGGGUUAUGAGAUUUGCGGUGUGUUUCAAUUCAGUUUACAUUCGAAUAAACUGCUAGUAAACCGGUACAUGUCUCAAGUAAAACGCUAGGGCUAAGUAAAGUUGCCAAAUUGGUCUCAUUACGUUUAACAGAUUCCGCAGUUUACGUUCAGAUAGCUGCAACAGGCAACUGACCAACGCACGCCCUGUAUGUGUCUGGUCUUUUUCCGACGACGAAAGACUGUUAAGACUUGCACAACAUAUUGGGGCUCUAGCUCCUCUGGUCUUGAUUCUGUAUUAAGUCUCCUACAUUUGAGUUGAUACGUAUAUAAGUUCGCAGGAUGGCAGCAGCGCCUUCCCCAGCUACAUGACUCCGAUCAUGUUGGCAGCCAUGAAGAACUACUACGAUAUCCUGGAGAUGCUGCUUCACGCUGGCUUCCCUACACCUGCGCCAGACGACUACAAAUGGACAACCGACAUCAGCGAGUCCAUCGCUUGGCUGGACGCCUACCGUGCGGUGUGUAGUCCGUCCUACAUCCUCCUCACCAGCCCCGACCCGUUCCGUACGGCCUUCCGGACGGCCAAGGCUCUUCGAGAUGUCCUUUGGAAGCGGGAACAGUACCGGCCUGAGCUGGAGCAGCUGGCGGACCAGUGUGAGACGUUCGCCUGUGAGCUACUGGACGAGGCACGCUCAACUAAAGAAGCCGGAACCAUCCUCGAGCACCUCUGCAGCCCAGAGGACUCUCCAUACAGAAAGUCCGUCUCUACUAUCCAGCUAGCUGUGGACCUCCAGCUAAAGCAGGUUGCGACGCACCCUUUUUGCUUUGAAUAUGUCAACCAACGGAAGUUCCAGGAGUUCGCAGACUUUCAUCAGGCCUUUCAGGGGUGGGAAAACGCCUCUUCCGUCUAUCCGAUUGUUCUCUCGGUGACCGUGGGGCUAGCGUAUCCCCUCCUGUGUCUGGCACAUCUCCUGGCGCCUCAGUCAAAGAUUGGCAAGUUUUCAAGUCUUUCUGUUGUGCGUGAGAUGUACUGGACCGUGUCGUGGAUCGUUCUGCUGAUCCUACUGUUGGUGGAUUCUCAGUCCUACCGCCUGGGACCUUCGGAGAUAGACAGUAUUCUCCAGGGGACUCCAGCGUUAUCUAAACCGGUGUCAAUAGCGUCCAUAUUGAUCAUGAUGUGGAUCAUCGACAUAGCAUGGAAGGAACUACAAGACGUUCGACGAGAAGGCCUGAUGGACCAUUUCAAGCAGCCGUGGAACUUUCUGGACUUUGUGAUGGUUGCGGUCUUCCUAGCACAGUUCGCCCUCCGACUUGUGGCGAUUCAGCUCGACAUAUAUAGAUCAGAACAGAACACGGUCGCCGAUGAAUGGACACAUAAAGCAAAUGAAACCAGCUUCCAGCCGGUUGCAGUCGCAGAUGUCCUCUUCUCCAUCUUCACAAUCGUCGUCUUUGUCCGAGCCAUGUCUAUGUUCAUCUAUAAUCGUUUUCUGGGGAUGCUGCUGAUCUCCAUUGGACGAAUGGCUGUAGACAUCAUUAAGUUCGUGGUCCUGGAUGGACUGAUUCUGUUCGCCUUUGCUCUCGGCUUGAACCAGCUGUACUGGUUCUAUGGGACGAUGCACCAGUACCUCUGUUCCAACUAUUCACAGAGCAACCUUCAGGCUUUGAGCUGUUCAAAGUCACAAGGUUUUGACACAAUUUUCAGCGCGCUGCAAUCCCUGUUCUGGGCUGGGUUCGGUGUUGUUGAUCUGUCCACGCUCGAGCUCAAGCCGGGUACCAGCCCAGUCAACGUGUUCCAGAUACAAGAAUGGCCUGUCAUCACAGAGACUGCCGGCAAACUGGUGUUUGGGCUGUAUGAAGUCAUUGGAGUGUUGGUUCUCAUCAAUCUACUCAUCGCCAUCAUGAGUGACUCAUUUACGAGGACAGAGGAAGUAAAACGCAUUGACUGGGGUUUCGUAGUGAUGAAAGACGUGCUACGCUACCUGAAGGUGGACGUGUCCUUACCUCCACCCUUCGGCCUGAUGAUGUCCGUGAGGAACGCUGUUGUUCGCCCGGUGCUGGCGUUGUGCGGUUGA